AUGCCGUCUUUGCAUGGAGUCCUGAAACUGAAACUACAUAACCCCGCAAAUCUAUCGAAAUUACGUGAAAUGGAAACCCCGUCUGAGCCUUCUGAUCAUCCUGUUCCGGGGGGACGUCUAGGAGAUUCUUGGACUGCAGAACAGGACCAAAACUUGCUGAGGCUCCAAGUAGAGAAUCACUUUAUGACUAUACAUGAAAUCCAAAAGGCGUUCUUCCCGAACCGCUCCUUUUGGGCUGUAACCAAACGGUUGUCGGUGCUGAAGCAAGGAGAGAAACAGAGAAUAUCUCGCGGCAGCCCACCGUUGACAAAUGAAUCAAGCAACCGCCACCGUCGAAACACUAGCCCUCAGUACGUCUAUUCUGAGGAUGGAUCCGAAGAUAUGUCUCUCGACAGUCAAUCAGACGUUGAGGAUAUUGCCGAAGGGCAUGCAUCAGACGAAAGCACAUCUUCGAAGAGGAGUGCCAUCCAUCAUCGAGGUUUGAGUGAUACAUUCAAGAGGAAAAUUUCGGUCGAGAAAGAUGUACCAAGUCCAAGCCCUUCAAAGCUCUCCAAACUUUCAACAGCAUCCGCCCCAAUGUCGGUGGAUCCAUGCAGCGCAAUGCUUCCAAACGGGAAGACGCCAACAACCACAGGCUAUGCUAAUACAGCCGUGGAUGUCGCGAAUGACUCUGACAAUCUUGAUAAUAAAAUGAGCAUCAAACUAUCUAGACCUAGUUCCAUUCCCACUUGGAUGGAUCAAGCUAGAGAAGAGGACAUAGUUCAGAUGUUCCGCCAAGCCAAGAGGUGUGCAGCUGAGUCGAAACUUGCAACAGAGCUAGCAUGCCGGCUAUCAGAUGCAAACAGCACCAUAGACCGUUACCGUGAUGAGAACAGUCAACUUAAGGACCUGAAGAAGAAAUAUGAUGGGUUCAAGGAAUCACUCGAAGAUAUUCUCAAGAAAAGAAAUGAAAAACAAAAGCAGCUGAAAGAAGAGAAUGAAGGCCAGAAACUAAAGCAGCUAGAGCAAAUCUCUCAGCUGAAAGCAGAGUUUGACAAGAUUAGAGGUGGUGCUUCAAAAGUCAUCCAUCCCGACAUGUGGAAGUCUGGUGGAAUGGAUGCAGCAGCUGUGCAAGCAGCCAAAAUUAUGGAGCAGAUGGAAGAUACGCUGAAGGCUGAAGUACCUUCAGGAAAGGAUACUCUCCUCACAAGCUAUUUGAUGAAAUCAUCUGUGUCCACUGCAUCGAAAUCAGCAGGGUAA